AUGAGUGCCCACGGUCGACGUCGAUCCUCCGCCCUUGCGGCUCAAGUUUUGGAGGCGAUCCGAGAAACAGACGAAGAAAUUUUCGAGGAAAUCCUGCAGUAUGAUCUCGUCGCGCUGGGAGGAGGGGUGGCUGCUGGAUAUUGGGGAGAGGGGUCUGGCGGCGAGGCCCACGACCCGGAGUGGUACAAGACUAAUGGCAUCACCAUCUUGUCCAGGUGUCAGGCAGUUUCCGUUGAUCUGGACCAAAAGUUUCUGAAAGUCAAGAGAGUCACCGCCAGCAACGGUGAACUCGUCUUCGGGGAUACAAUCAAGGUGGUGUACGGGCGAUUGUUGAUCGCUACUGGGGCAAGACCUCGGAAGAUCGCCGACGAAAUCAAAUCGCUGGACAACAUCUCAAAAGGCUUGCAGGGAAGUUGCUGCUGCACUCGCCAUCCCGACGUCGAUGGGUCCCCGCUGGCGUGUACUUUUCCUGACCGGUUCGGCUUUGGGUCGGUCCAUUACUUACGCGACUUCGGAGAUACCGUGAAGCUCGUCCAUGCUAUGGGCAGAGUUGAGGCGGACGGGCAGGACACCUGCAAGGAACCUGUGGUCUUGAUCGGCGGUGGCUUCAUAUCUUGUGAAGUUGCUGCCGCUGUUGCAACACAUUGCCCUGGCAUGCAGCUGGUCAUGGUGAUGCCUGGGGAGGACGUUAUGUCAAGUUCUGGAUUCGGCAAAGAAGUGUGCCAUUUCUACGAAAAACAACUUGCGAGGGUGGGUGUUGCAUUCGCCAAGGGCUAUCGCGUCAACCGCCUCUGGGGCAUUGAAGAAGAAGGGUGCUUUCCUACUUUGGAGCGGUCGCUGCAGGGGUCUUCCAUGAAGAAAACGUUCCCGCGGACGUUCGGCCCGGCCGACCCGCACUUCACAGACUGUCGAGGGGUCGUGCUCUCGAACACACAGACUGGCGAGAAGGUCUGGCUGUUAGCGCGCUUCGUCGUGGUAGGGAUAGGGUCCGUCCCCAACUCCGACCUGUUUCUCAAGUCGCUCGUCUUGUCAGAGGAUGGCGGCAUCAUAACCGACUCGUACUUGCGCACCAGCCAUCCUUCCGGCGACGUGUUCGCCGCGGGAGACGUUGCUUGCGUACCGGAAGACCCAUCGUCUGGAGUGGACCACUCUGCGAUAUUGGAACGAAUGGCAAGAGAGCGGCCUGCAGUGCUGAGCAUAAAACGCCUGAGGAAGUGUCCUCUUGAAAAACUGUUGGACAAUCCUCACUGCCUCGAGCCCCCGAAGCUGGGCGUUGGCGAGUUUCAUGCAGAUACGGACGAAACGAGCAUCGAGGAGGCAUUCCGCAAGCGUGCUGGAGGUGCCAGCACGGCCAAGAGGGCAGAUAUGGCCUCCAUCAUGCAAGAACUUGGCGCAGACUGGGAUGAGGACGAGCUGGAAGACGCCCUUAGAGCCUUGGACCCGUCAGACUCUGGUUCUGUGAACUUUUCUGACUUUGUGGAAUGGUGGUCGAACUGA